AAUUAAAAGCUAUAAAAAUUACAUGGAAAAACGGACAGAAGCCCCUCGGCCCAUCUUAAAUGUUGCUAAGUAUUUGAGAUCUUCUAGUUCUGGUUUAAAAAAUAGACAAGGAGUUCUAAAUGGGAAAAGAGUCGACUAUUUUAAAGGCAAAUCUGCAGUGAAAGCUCUUCUUAAAGAAUCCUAUGGUAAACUUAAGGAAGUUCCAAAAGUUACUAGUGAAAAUGAGGCCUGUGAAGUUUUACAAGAAGUCCUAAGACACGCUUUUUUCUUGCGUGUCGAACGUUCCGGAAGUGAGAACGGAUCACGUAACAAAAGUUUAAAUGUAACAUCAACUCAAAGUUGGGGAAAAGAUCAAUAUUACGUAUGGUUUUAUGAAGGAUCACAAUUAAUGACAAUAUUGGGAGGAAUUGGAUUAAUAUCGAUUGUUUUUGCUGCUGUAUUAUUCCCUCUUUGGCCACCUAUACUGAGAGAUACUGUUUGGUACCUUUCUGUAGCUAUUUUGAGUCUUUUUGGAGUAUUUAUGGCUCUAGCAGUUAUAAGACUAAUCUUAUUUAUUAUUACAAUGAUUAUAAUUCCUCCUGGAAUAUGGUUAUUCCCCAACUUAUUUGAAGAUGUUGGAUUCAUAGAUAGCUUUAUUCCACUUUGGGCUUGGGAAGUUCCAAAGAAAAAAGAUAAAGUUCAUGAAGAUGAAGACGAAGCUGGUGGAAGUCAAAAUCCUAAUAGAGAUCUUCGUACAACAGUUGAAGAUGGCGACGAAGAAGAAAUAUAUGAAGAUGGAAAUAAAAAAGAGAAUUAAAAUGAAA